AUGGCUGAAGUCUCAGAGAACGGUCCUGUACCGGUGAACGACGAGAACACCGCUCCUGGCGCCGCUACCGAACAGAAGGAGCAGACCGAGAAGACUGAGCAAACAAAUGGCGACACUGUUACGGUGUUCCAUGACCCCGAAAAUUUCAACGUGAAGCAUCCACUCAUGCACGAAUGGACUCUCUGGUUCACGAAGCCCCCCAGUGGCAAGGGCGACAACUGGAACGACCUGUUGAAAGAGGUCGUGACUUUCAAUUCGGUUGAGGAAUUCUGGGGUAUCUACAACAACAUCACACCGACUUCUGAAUUGGGUCUCAAGGCAGACUACCAUCUCUUCAAGAAGGGCAUCAGGCCAGAGUGGGAAGACCCCCAGAACAAGCACGGUGGCAAGUGGUCAUACUCGUUCAAAGACAAGCGCUCCGUACCGAUCGAUGAUCUUUGGCUGCACGCUCAACUGGCAGCUAUCGGCGAGACUCUUGAGAACGAUGGCGACAACGAGGUUAUGGGUGUGGUCGUGAACGUGCGCAAGGGAUUUUACCGUGUCGGUCUGUGGACACGGACGGUGGGCAAGAGCAUUCCCGGCGACAAGAACGGCCGGACACCCGCUCAAGGGAAGGAGAUCCUCGAAAACAUCGGUCGGCGCUUCAAAGAGGUGCUACGCCUGAAGGAAGCUGAUGUCGUCGAGUUCUCGGGACACACGGACAGCGCGCACAGCGGUAGCACUAGAGCCAAGGCCAAGUACACCGUUUAA